GCCUCUUCGGCAGUGACAGCGCGAACUAGAAAUUACGUGAUGAUUUUAUCUUACUUUUCUCGCCGUAGAAAACUUGAAUAAACAAAACGAUCGAUUAUAAAAAUCUAGACGGUCACGAUUUAUAUUAUUGUCACGGCUCAAAUAGUUAAAAGUGUAAUAUUCAGUGAUUUUCCUCCGUGUAAAGUUUGUGUUGUCUAUUUUUAUUCCACGGAAGUUAAAAGUGGAGUUUAGCAGUGGUCCGUUGACCGUGACAUGUGAGCGCGAUGACGGCGGCGCCGCUGAUGGCGUCCGAGCCGCGCCAUGAAGCGAAGGCGCGCAACCGCGAGCUGACGCGCACCGCCACGGUGGUGACGUCACUGGCCGCCGGCGCGUGCGCCGGGGCGCUCGCCAAGACCACCAUCGCCCCCCUCGACCGCACCAAGAUACACUUCCAGAGCUCUGAAACGCCGUACUCGGUCCGCGCGGCGUUCGAGUUCCUGAAGCAGAGCGCGCGCGCGGACGGCGUCACGGCGCUGUGGCGCGGCAACAGCGCCACCAUGGCGCGCAUCAUCCCCUACGCCGCCAUACAGUUCACCGCGCACGAGCAGUGGAAACGGGCGCUCGGAGUCGACACCCCCGCUAUGGCUCAACAACACAAAGUCCGUCACCUAGUAGCGGGCUCGCUAGCGGGCGUGACGUCACAAUCAGCCACCUACCCUCUCGACCUGGCGCGAGCUCGCAUGGCGGUGACCAGUGCCUCCACCUACCCCACCAUCGCCGACGUGUUCCGUAAGGUGGCCACUCAGGAGGGGCUGCGGACGCUGUACCGGGGCUACCCGGCGACGGUGCUGGGCGUGGUGCCAUACGCGGGCGUCUCAUUCUUCACCUACGACACGCUCAAGAGGAAAUACUUCGAAUACUCAGGCAAGCAGCAGAGCAGCGUCCUGAACGUGGCGUUCGGCGGCGCGGCCGGCGCGCUCGGGCAGACCGCCUCGUACCCGCUCGACAUCGUGCGCCGGCGCAUGCAGACCGCGCCCAGGCGAGCAGACGGCUCCUACCCCUACAGGAACAUACCCAGCGCCAUCAGAGAUGUGUACAGAGCGGAGGGCUGGCGCGGGUUCUUCAAGGGCCUCAGCAUGAACUGGGUGAAGGGCCCCGUCGCCGUCGGCAUCUCCUUCGCCACCUACGACCAGAUCAAGACCACCCUGCGGGAGCUGGCGCUCACGCUGCAAUAG